CAACUGUCACUUACCAGUUGCCACUACGUACCGUGGAAAAAACAAAUCUUUAUAAAGAACACUUAGUAACUACUGGUUACCGAUAAUAAACGAAAAUGUUUAGAAAUGUCCUCCGUACCAGCAGGUGCUUGGCUGUUAGAAGAAUCAAUAUUGCUACACCAAUAUUCAAAAGAUCUAUCUUACAAAGUUCAGUUAAACCUUUUUGUGUUUGUACAAAUCGAGACUUUUCUUCAAAUAUUAGCAAUGCUGAUAGUUCCAAUCAGGUAGAACAAGCGGUUUUUGAAGAUAUAUGUAACGAAACGCUAGAAUCUUUGUGUGAAUAUUUUGAAGAAAUAAUAGAUCGGACGAAUAAUUUAAAAGGCGCUGAUGUAACGUUUAGUGAUGGUGUACUCACUGUUAAUUUAGGGACGUCUCAUGGAACAUAUGUCAUCAACAGACAGACUCCGAACAAGCAGAUCUGGCUCAGUUCCCCUGUAUCUGGACCAAAACGAUAUGAUCUUGUUCUGAACAACGGAGGUUAUUGGAUCUAUAAGCACGACGGAGUGCCCCUCCACCGUUUAUUACAAGAAGAAAUAUCAAAGAUAAUAGAUAAUGUUGAUUUCAAUUCGUGCAAUCAUAGCUUAGUGUAAAUUGAUGUAUGUGAAAAAUAGAUAGGAUUUGACUCA